AUGUCCAACAGGGUAAUUGGAUGCAAAACUGCAAAGGAGAUAUGGGAUGCCUUGGAAAUCAGAUGUCAAGGAACUAAAGCCAUCAAAAAGAACAAAAGAACCAUACUUACUCAAGAGUAUGAACACUUUGAUUCUAAGGCUGAGGAUUCAAAUCUCAAAUUCCUACUAGCUCUUCCUGAAAAGUGGGAUUUGAAGGUGACCACCAUAAGAGAUAAUCAUAAUCUUGAGGAUAUGACUCUUGAUGAUAUCUUUGGAAGACUGAAAACCUAUGAACUUGAGAUGGAACAAAAAAGCAAACGACAUGGAGAUACUGAGGAUAGUGAUGGUGAGAUGAUGCAGCUAGCAGCAUUGAUGGUUAAGAGUUUCAAAAAGAUAGCUUACAAGAAGUUUAACAAAGGAAGGAAUUUCCCAAGAAAAGACAGAAACUCUGAUAAGACAAACUACAGGAAGAAUGAUGGCAAAGAAGAAAAAUCUGGAAAAGCUGAUAAGUCCAAAUAUACCUGCUUUAACUGUGGUGAAAAGGGUCAUUUUGCAACUGAGUGCAAGAAGGCCAAGAAAGAAAAAGAACAAGCCUUCAUCACCAAGAAAGAAAGCUGGGCAGACUCAUCAGAAUCAGAGGAAGAAGUCAACUAUGCAUUGAUGGCAAACACUGAUAACAGCUCUGGAGCUGUUGAAACUAAGGUACCUCAUUCCACUCUUGCCUUUGAUACUGAAGAUAUGACUGAGUUAAGACUGUUCCUUAAAACUUUGCAUGUUAGUUAUAGAGAUCAGACUUUAGAAAAUGACACAUUAAAAUCUGAGGUCCUAGAUGUUAAGAAAAUGAAUGAUUAUCUUGAGAAAGAACUAGUUCAGAUGUUGGAAGUUCAGAAAGAAAGAGCUGAUUCUAUCUUCAUUAAAGAUGAGUUAUUAAAGAGAAAUGCUUCUCUUGAAUCAGAACUUGCUAAGGAAAGAGAGAUAAUCAAAACAUGGACUAACUCAGGAAAAAUCACUCAGAAUAUCUUAGAAAGUGGAAACUGGAAGAAGGGUCUAGGAUACACUGAUAAAAAUGAAGCUGAGUCUGUUAAGCAAGGAUCUAUUAAAUCUGAAACACCUAAGGUUGCAUCAGUCAGAUUUGUUGCUGAAUCAAAGACUCAUGACAAAUCCAAAACUGAUAAGCCUAAACAGGUUAAUAUAGGCUUAAUGACUCAGAAACAGCUUAAACAUAAGGUCAAAGAGGUAAAACAAGAAUACAGGAUUAAGGAACCUAGGAAGAACAGAAAUGGGAAGUAUGUGGCAUUCUAUCUAUACAUCAUAAGUCAGAUCUGUGACAGAGGAUAUCAUGUCAAUUUCCUUGAGGAACAUUGUGAAGUAGUUAGCAAAAGCACUGGAAAGACUGUUCUGAAAGGAUAUAGACAUGGUAACAUCUAUGAAGCCAAGCUUACUUUAAACUCUGCAAUCUGUCUACUAAGCAAAUCCAGUGUUGAAGAUAGCUGGAAUUGGCACAAGAAACUUUCUCACCUGAACUUCAGUAAUAUCAAUGAGUUAGUAAAGAAAGAUCUUGUAAGAGGACUGCCCAAAUCAGUAUUUACACCAGAUGGUCUUUGUGAUUCAUGCCAGAAAGCAAAACAAAGGAAAUCAUCAUUCAAGAGUAAAACUGAGUUCUCUAUUCUUGAGCCUUAUCAUCUGCUACAUGUUGAUCUUUUUGGUCCAGUAAAUAUCAUGUCCAUUGCAAAGAAAAAAUAUACUCUGGUCAUUGUUGAUGAAUGUACCAGAUUUACCUGGGUAUAUUUUCUUCACAGUAAAGAUGAGACAUCUUCUCUUCUGAUUGAACAUGUCAAGCAAUUGGACAAAAUUUCUAAAGAUGCAGUAAAGAUCAUCAGGAGUGAUAAUGGCACUGAGUUCAAGAAUUCUAAGAUGGAAGAGUUCUGCAAAGCAAAUGGCAUCAAGCAAGAAUUCUCAACACCUGGAACACCACAGCAAAAUGGUGUUGUGGAAAGAAAGAACAGAACUCUGAUAGAAGCUGCUAGAACCAUGCUGGAAGAAGCAAAGUUGCCAACUUACUUCUGGGCUGAGGCUGUGCAAACUGCUUGCUUCACACAAAAUGCUACACUGAUAAAUAAGCAUGGGAAAACACCAUUUGAGAUGGCUGAUGAAGGAAUCUUUGUUGGGUAUCCUCUGUCAACCAAAGCUUUCAGAGUUUACAAUCUGAGAACAAGAGUAGUCAUGGAAUCAAUUCAUGUCUCGUUUGAUGACAAAAAGAUAACUGGGCUGGAAGAUUUUGAUGAACAUGAGCAACUGAGAUUUGAAGAUGAAGAUGCAUUCUCUGACUCCAUAAACUCUGAUUCUGAACAUAUAUCAGAGUUUAUCACUUCACAUCAACAACCUCAAGCACAUGCUGAGGGGGAGCAUUUUCACAAUGAACAUCUGGAUGAAAAUGAUGAAAACACGGCAGAAAACGUAAACUCUGAUUCUGAUUCUACAAACUCUGAUAACUCUACAUCAGAAAAUCAUGAGACUACAUCUUCAGGGGGAGCAUCAGAGAAUCAGAAUAACACUGGAGAUAGCAUGGAUCAUGGGGGAGGAUCUGAUUCCAGGAGUCAACUGCCACAUGAAAGGAAGUGGACAAAGUCUCAUACACCAGAUCUAAUAAUUGGAGAUCCAGAUGCUGGAGUACAGACAAGAUCUGCAACUGCAAAUGAGUGCUUAUUUCAUUCAUUCCUAUCUCAGACAGAACCCAAGAAAGUGGAGGAGGCUCUUAAAGAUGCUGAAUGGGUAACAGAAAUGCAAGAAGAGCUCAAUGAAUUUGAGAGAAACAAAAUGGAUGUAAAGAGUGCUUUUCUCAAUGGGAAACUGGAGGAAGAGGUGUAUGUUGAACAACCUCCAGGAAAUCCAGUACAGCAUUCUAUGACCAAGCACAUCAGCAUUAGAUAUCACUUCAUCAGGGAACAUAUGAUGGAAGGAACAGUGGAACUACAUUUUGUUCCUACAGAUCAGCAGUUGGCAGAUAUCUUCACCAAACCUUUGGCUGAAGCAACAUUCACCAGAUUAGUAAAUGAACUAGGGAUGAUCUCUGGUCCUUUCUAA